AUGUCAACGCAGUUUAGUAUGCGCUACUUGACACUCUAUAUUCUCUAUUGGUCACCUACGCCAAUCCAAUUUGCCAACUUCUCACUGCUCAUUCUGUUCUAUAUUCAAGUGCUUACGGGUCCAGAGUGGCGCUCCAAGUGGCGAAACGUGUGUCUGCCGCUCUACUUACUAUUGACGAUGACCAUGGCAACGUUCACGGUCGUCUGGGCCUUUAAUUCGUCCAAUGACAUCUCAAAGGCUGCACAAUGUGGAGAUGAGUAUGACCAGGAAUUUUUGAGAGUUUCGGAUGUUAGCGUACAACUCAAGUACUCUGCUUUCUCUUUUUUCCUGUUGAGUGUGCUGUUUGGCUUUUUCGGAUGGAAAAUGGCCACUGUAGAAAGCUGGAAGCGAAGGCGACUGUUGUUAUCAAGGCCACGGAGCUUGGCGGUGAUCAACUCGCUACUAUGUUUGAUUUUCCUUACAAGAGGAAUACGGGAUCUAGCAACGUCUCAAAGCUGGUUUUUAAGCAUCUGGAACAACCUGGAUAUGAACGGCCGCGUGACAACAUUUGCCUACUUUGUAUUCUUCUGCUUCUGGGAGUUUUUGCCCACCGUUUUGUUGCUCUGUUUGAUUUCAUCAAAGGCUGGUGGCGUAGGAGCUCCGAAGCAUGGACCUGCGUCGCAAAAGUUACCUGACUACGGCAUUUUCCACAUUAUUAACACUGGUGACGGUAAACUGCUGACCGCAAGCCCACUUAGCUUGAGCGCCUAUAGCUCUUACGGAACUCGGACAGAUGGCUCAGCCGGUUUUGAGCGGGAGCCCGAGCGUGAGCGUCCGCGAUGGACGCAUGGCGGUGAUCUCUUUCAAGAUCCUUUGCGGUAUGAUUCAGACGAUGAGUCAGUGCCAUCACCACACCAUUUCUCGAAUAUUUACAAUAGCGACGCGAGUAAUAGCAACUACCACUACGAACGAGUACCAGGUUAUUCAACUAAAAUCUAG